GGCAAGUGACGCUCGCGGAUGGAAAUCUCCGUGUAGUUGGAAAAACGCGCCAAGACACAUUGAAGGGGCGAUUGAACAAAAUACAAGAGAAUGGCAUCAACAAGUAAAGCACAGCAGCAGAUGAGAAAUUUACCAUGGGUUGAAAAGUACAGGCCACAAACAUUAGAUGAUCUCAUCUCUCACCAAGAUAUCCUGAGCACAAUCCAGAAGUUCAUCAGUGAAGACCGAUUGCCUCAUCUGCUCUUCUAUGGACCUCCAGGAACAGGAAAGACCUCUACUAUACUAGCAUGUGCUAAACAGCUGUACAAAGAUAAAGAGUUCAACUCCAUGGUUCUGGAGCUCAAUGCAUCAGAUGACCGUGGCAUAGACGUGGUGAGGGGGCCGAUCCUCAGCUUUGCCAGCACGCGAACCAUCUUCAAGAAAGGCUGCAAGUUGGUGAUCCUGGACGAGGCGGAUGCUAUGACCCAGGACGCACAGAAUGCUUUGAGGAGAGUCAUUGAGAAGUUCACAGAGAACACACGUUUCUGUCUGAUCUGUAACUACCUUUCAAAGAUCAUACCUGCGCUACAGUCUCGAUGCACGCGCUUUCGUUUCGGCCCCCUGUCCCAGAGCCAGAUGAUCCCCAGACUAGAACAUGUGAUACAGCAGGAGAGCAUUGACAUCACUCCAGAUGGCAUGAAGGCCAUUGUGACGCUCUCAACAGGAGACAUGAGACGAUCACUAAACAUUUUACAGAGUACCCAUAUGGCCUAUGGGAAGGUGACGGAGGAGACGGUGUACACAUGCACUGGACAUCCUCUUAGAUCAGACAUCGCCAACAUACUGGACUGGGCCCUCAAUAAAGACUUCACCACUGCGUACAACCAAAUUAUGCAGCUCAAAACUCUGAAAGGUCUGGCACUUAAUGACAUUCUAACCGAAGUUCAUCUUCUCAUUCACCGCGUGGACUUCCCUCCCUCUAUCCGCAUGGGUUUGCUUAUUAAACUUGCAGAUAUUGAGUAUCGUCUGUCCUCGGGAACCAAUGAGAAGAUCCAGCUGAGCUCAAUGGUUGCUGCUUUCCAGGCUGUUAGAGACAUAGUAGUCAGCGACGGAUAGACUAUUGGUUCACACUUGACACAUGAAAGGGUUUUGAUGUCAUGAGAGGAAGUUUUUACUACUUCUUCUUUU